CGUGAUCACGCAAAGCUCCUCCUCCUGUUCUAAAGCCAAUACGGAGACAGACGGGAGGCGGGCUUUACACCAGUGUUAGCCAAUGCCGUGGUCCCAUUGUAAUAACGUUGCUUAAGUCGCAUCCGGGUGGGAGCAGCGUAUUGAGGUUGCUUGUUCUUUUUGUGGGUCUUGUGGGUGUUUGGCCUGCAAAGAAAAAUGUACGGGUCCUUGCGGGUGAUGUUGCGGGUGCUGUGGGCCCAGCUCCUGUGUGGCUGGGUGCUGGGCUCCGAGCUCACGUUUGAGUUGCCUGACAACGCCAAGCAGUGUUUUUACGAGGAUAUCACCACGGGUACCAAGUGCACAUUGGAAUUCCAGGUAGUGACAGGCGGCCAUUACGACGUGGACUGCCGCUUGGAGGACCCGGAAGGCACGACGCUGUACAAGGAGAUGAAGAAGCAAUACGACAGCUUCACCUUCACGGCGGCCAAGGACGGGACCUACAAGUUCUGCUUCAGCAACGAGUUCUCCACGUUCACCCACAAGACGGUGUACUUUGACUUCCAGGUCGGCGACGACCCGCCGCUCUUCCCCAACGAGAACAGGGUCACGGCUCUCACCCAUCUGGAGUCGGCCUGCGUAUCCAUCCACGAGGCCCUCAAGUCCGUCAUCGACUACCAGACGCACUUCCGCCUCCGCGAGGCGCAGGGUCGCAGCCGGGCCGAGGACCUCAACACGCGCGUCGCCUUCUGGUCCAUCGGCGAGGCCAUCGUCCUGCUCGUGGUCAGCAUCAGCCAGUUGCUGCUACUGAGGAGCUUCUUCUCCGACAGGAAGACGACGACCACCCGCAUGGGAUCGUAACACCGCUGGGACGGAAGUUGCAGUUUUUGUCCCUCCCUGCCUGGCUUGUGUGCAUUGAGUGGUUUUAGAACAGCAGGUGAAAAUCCGUAUCGUACUAAACUUUGAAAUAUACGCAAAAACGCUGUUUCUAAGAGACUCCUUGCAAAUAAGUUUCCAACAUAGAGAUUUGAAACCAGUUUAGAAAGCGUACAAAACAAAGAUUGUUCUUUUAAAGCAAGCCCCUUUAGUAUAGUUUUUCUGUUCUUAUUUUAAUAAUGUCCUUUUUUUUUUUGUUUUGUAUGUGCAAAAAUUCCCACUUUCAUCUCACACUCUUUGUUCCUGUUUUGUUGCCCAUUUUGACCGCAAAUAAGCAACGGAGGGUUGCGGUGACAUUAACAACACUAAAACAAAUCUUUGAUAAGAAAACGGCCCAAAACAAAUCAAAACAAGUAGCAAAAAAAGUAAGUAGUACUAUUUAAAUAGUAUUUAUCCUGGUAAUACUUCAACAGCACUGAAAAAAAAUACUUACAAAUGCUUGUACCUGUAAAAACAAUCCAGCCUGAUAUUUUUGGUUCAGUAAUGAAUAUAAGUGGUAAAAAUACAUCUCAUAUUGUAUGGAAAAUGUAACAACAGCCUUUUAAUUACAUAUUUUUUGUAAAUAAACAACAUGUUUAACACCCACUCUCCCUCCAAAAUGCCGGAAGCUUUCUAGUAAUUCUUAAACCUUCCUGUUUAUCAUUUCUGGCUUUGGUUUUUUUUUUUGACAUUUUAACUGCGCACUGUUGUGUUUAUUAAAAAUCAAUUCUGAAGCACUCUGUUGUGAUGUUAAGUUAUUGAGGUGACUGAAUAAACUUUUU